UGGGGCGCGCGCCGCGAGCGGCUCUGCUUCCCGGCCAGUGUGUUGAUCGACGCCGACCUGCGGCCGGGGGAGUUCGUCAUGCGCACGCUGUUCGCCGAGUUCACCGUGCAGGCCGAGCGCAAGAUCGAAGCCGUCAUGAUGGAGCCGCUGGAGCGACCGCUCUCGAAGUCCCUGCAGCGCGGCGAGGACGCCCAGUUUGACCAGAUGCUGUCGACGUUCGGCUCGGUGGCCGAGCACUGUCUGCCGUCGUUGCUGCGCACCCUGUUCGCCUGGUACGACCGGCAGGGUGUGGACGUGGCCGCCGAGCUACGGCCGGCACGCACCGACGCCAAGGGCAGGCUAGAGCCGACCACGGACCGACUGGAGCGGGAGCACCGCGAGGACCGCCGCGACCUGGCCGUCGAGUUCAUCUUCUGUCUGGUGCUGAUCGAGGUGCUGCGCCAGUUCUACCUGCACCCGGGCCACGAGGACCUGGUGCGCCACCUGGAGAACCUUGCCUUCCGACACUUCAAGUACCGCGAGAGCACGUCGGCCGGGCCCAACUCGUCGAACGUGAACAUCAUCGCGGACCUGUACGCCGAGGUGACGGGCGUGCUGGCUCAGUCCCGCAUCCACUCUGUGCGCGCCCGCUUCAUGCACGAGCUGCGCGAGCUGAACGCCAAGGAGAGCAGCCAGCAGACGACGCAGGGCAUCAUCGCACUACUCAUGGGCAUGAAGUUCUUCAGGGUCAAGAUGGUUCCAAUCGAAGAAUUUGAGAUCAGCUUCCAGUUCAUGCAGGAGCUGUCGCAGUACUUCCUAGAGGUCAAGGACAAGGACAUCAAGCACGCGCUGGCUGGCCUGUUCGUCGAGAUCCUGGUACCCGUGGCAGCGUGCGUGAAGAACGAGGUGAACGUGCCGUGUCUGAAGACGUUCGUGGAGAUGCUGUACACGCACACGCUGGACAUGUGCACCAAGGGCAAGCACCGGCUGGCGAUCUUCCCGUUGGUCACCUGCCUGCUCUGCGUCUCCCAGAAGCAGUUCUUUCUCUCCAACUGGCACUACUUCCUGGCCAUGUGCCUCUCCAACCUGAAGAACAAGGACCCCAAAAUGUCGCGCGUGGCGCUAGAGUCGCUGUACCGGCUGCUCUGGGUGUACAUGAUCCGGAUCAAGUGCGAGAGCAACUCGGCCACGCAGAGUCGCCUGCAGUCCAUCGUGAACUCGCUCUUCCCGAAGGGCUCCAAGAACGUGGUGCCGCGCGACACACCGCUCAACAUCUUCGUCAAGAUCAUACAGUUCAUAGCACAGGAGCGGCUGGACUUCGCCAUGCGCGAGAUCGUGUUCGACCUGCUGUCGGUGGGCCGGGCCGUUAAGAUCGUCACGACACCGGAGCGCAUGUCAAUCGGGCUGCGCGCCUUCCUCGUGGUGGCCGACAGUCUGCAGCAGAAGGAGGGCGAGCCGCCCAUGCCGCGUACCGUCGGCGUCCUCCCCUCCGGCAACACGCUGCGCGUGAAGAAGACGUUUCUGAGCAAGAUGUUGACGGACGACGCGGCGCGCAGCAUCGGCGUGGCCACAUACUACCCGUACGUGCGCAAGGUGUUCAGUGACAUCCUGCGCGCGCUGGACGGCCAGUUCGGCCGGCCCCUCAUGAUGACCAACACGCAGAACGUCAACAAGGAGCCGGACGAGCGCAUCACGGGCGAGCGCAAGCCCAAGAUCGACCUGUUCCGCACGUGCGUGGCGGCCAUCCCGCGCCUGGUGCCCGACGGUCUUACGCGCCACGACCUGAUCGAGAUGCUAGCGCGGCUGACGGUGCACAUGGACGAGGAGCUGCGCGCGCUCAGUAUCCAGAGUCUGACCAACCUGGCGGUGGACUUCCCCGACUGGCGGGAGGACGUCGUGCUGGGCUUCAUCUGGUUCAUGAGCCGCGAGGUGGCCGACACCUCGCCGACGCUGCUCGACAACGGCCUGCGGAUGGUGCUGCAGCUGAUGACGUCGUGGCGCAACGCCAUAUCGAUGCCCGCCAACGGCUCGACCAUCAAGCGGCGCGAACUGAACGCCGUGGCGCCACCGCCGCCCUCGCAGCGGACGGACCAGACCAGCGUGCUGCACAUGGUGGAGGGGUUCGCGCUGGUCAUGCUCUGCCACUGCCGGCUCUCCGUGCGCCGGCUGGCCGUUCAUAUCCUGAAGGAGGCGAAGCUGCUGCUGCGCGCCGUCGACUGCCAGCGACCGGGCGAGACGCCGGCCAUCGACGUGCUGGACGCCGCUUGCCCGGCGCUGGCCGAGCGCUGCCUGCCGCUCCUGCCGCCGGCCGAGAAGGCGGCUGUCCUCUCGACGGCCUGUGUGGACCUGCAGUGGAUCGCCGAACGCAACGCCACCGUGUGGACGGCCGGCAUACACGACGACGGCGCGCAGACGGGCUCCGUGCCGCACCCGAGCCCGGGCGCCGACGCCUGGGCCGUCUGCCUGCAGGGCUUCCUGGAACACGGCCGGCUGGCGGCGCUGGCGCCGGCCGCCACCGCGCACGCCUGGCCGCUGGUCCACCACCGCAUCCAGGCCCUCUUCACCGUCAUCGACCCCACACCCGUGAGCGACAACCGCGCCUCCCUGCUGCGCGGCACAGCAGCCGUCAAGAAGCCGCCCGACCAGCGCGACAUCUAUAUGGGCCUGUGGCGCAACUACGCCCUGUUCGCGUGUCGCGUGGUGCCGGCCGUCAGCCAGCCGGGCCCGGCCAUCCGCUGCGUCUCGCCGGAGCUCAGCGUCAGCGUAUCCCCGGAGUCGGGCGGCGGUGACCGGCCGGACCCGGCCUCGUUGCACCGAUUGCUGGUGCCGCUGCUCCGCUCCGAGGCUGCCCACCUGCGUGACGCGGUCACCGAGGCACUCGGCCGCAUCAACCACCUGGCGCUCAAGGACCUGAUGCUGGAGCUGGCGCCGUACAUCCGCGAGGCGGUGGACCGCAAGCAGGAGAACAUGCGCCGCCGCCGCCGCCGCGACACUCUCCGCCAACAGCUGGUCAAGGUGUUCGAGAUGAUCGCCGACCAGGGCACCUUCGGCCUAAGCCCGUCCAUCAUCGACACAGACUCGCAGACGCUCUACCCGACGUUCGUCGAGUACAUCGACGGCGCCCGGCUGUACCUGGAGGCGGAGAGCGACAAGGAGGCGACGGCCGUGCACCAGAUCAAGCUGUACUUCUGCAACUUCAUCCGCAAGCUCAUCAAGAGCUUUCCUC